AUGGAAAUUUCUCCGCAGUCCUCGCCACACGAGGUCCUCCUCGAGAGGAGCUCCGCAAGUGCAGCCGCCGGCGACGCCGCGCAGAGCAACAAUGCCUUUUCUCUCAGCCGAGAACACGCCUACACGCCGCGCAGGAUGCGCGUCAUCACCAUCGGCGCCGGCUUCAGCGGGCUGCUGAUGGCGCACAAGUUCCAACACCGAUUCCCGGAGCUGCGCGACGCGGUGCAGCACACCAUUUUCGAAGCGCUCCCGGACGUCGGCGGUACGUGGCUGGUCAACCAAUACCCGGGCCUCCGGUGCGACGUGCCCGCGCACAUCUACGCCUUCCCUUUCGACCCCAAACCCGACUGGGACCGGGUGUACGCCACGGGCGAGGAUAUUAGGGGCUAUAUUAUGGCCACCGUCCGCAAAUGGGGGCUGGAUGAGAACUUGCACUUGAACUCGCGCGUCGUGGCGGCCCGGUGGUUGGAACAAGACGGCCAGUGGCGCGUUACCGUAUCCCACGGCGGCGUCGAGCGCGACGAAUAUUGCGAGGUGCUUAUUUCAGGCCAGGGCGUCCUCCGCGGCCAAAACUGGCCCUCCAUCCCCGGCCUGGCCGACUUUGGCGGCCACCUCGUGCAUUCGGCCAGCUGGGACCUCGAAAUCGACUAUUCGGGCAAACGCAUCGCAGUUAUCGGCAACGGCGCCAGCGGCGUGCAGAUCGUGCCCGAGAUGGCCCGCCUGCCCGGCACCACCGUCACCAAUUUCAUCCGCGGCCCGACCUGGGUCUACUCCCGCGCCUUGGAAGCGGCCGAAGCAGCCGCACCCGCCACCUGCCCUGACCCGAACCCCAAAUAUACGCCCGAGGAUAAGAUUCGUUUCCGGGAUCCCCGGGCCCACGCCGAAUAUCGCAAAGGCCUCGUCGCCAAGGCGAACAAGGCCUUUUGCGCCAUGCGCAAAGGCGAGAUGAAUAUCGCCGCGGCAAAUGUUGCCACCGCCCAGAUGGCCGCGAGGCUCGGCCACGACAAAAGGCUUUGCGAUAUAUUAAUCCCCAAAUGGGAGCUCGGCUGCAAGCGCGUGGUGCCUGGAUUCGGUUAUCUGGAGAGCUUUAGAGAAUCCAAUGUGCAUUUGAGCAACAGUGCCAUUGUCAAAAUUACUAAAAACGCCAUUUAUACGGCCGACGGUCAGGUGUACGACGUGGAUAUUAUUAUAUGUGCCACCGGUUUCGACACCUCCCACCUCCCACGGUACCCCAUAAUAGGCCAGGAUCAAACAACGGACUUGGCGUCGGAUUGGAAAAAUAGCCCGUACAAUUACAUGAGCGUGGCUGUUCCGAAAUACCCAAACUUCUUUAUGCAAAUGGGCCCGCGCUGUCUCGGGGGCCAAGGGUCGCUGAUCCAAUGUUUAGAUUGGACGGGCGACUAUAUAGCGCGUUGGGUGGCCAAAAUGGCGAGCGAAAAUAUCAAAUACGUCGCACCGCGGGACGACAAAACCCGCGAUUUCAUGCGCUACGGCGACUCCAUCCAUUCGGGCCUCGUUUGGUCUGGCGGUUGUGCCAGUUCGUAUAAGCGCGGCACCGUCGACGGGCCCGUGACGGUGCUUUUCGGCGGCGGCAUCCAGCUUUUCUGCCGCCUCAUUUCCGAAAUACGCGCCGAGGACUUUGAUAUUGUUUACCGCUCGCCCAACCCCUGGCGCUUCAUGGGCGAUGGCUUCCUGGACUGGGAGUUUAAAGAGGACAGCGACCUGGCAUGGUAUGUCGAGGUGGCUUCCGGCCCGGAAGAGGACUCGUCAAGGCGGGAAGGUGAACCGCCCGAGGGAGCUCCGGAGUGGGCAGCAGGGCCCUACUGUGUUUGCAAACAUUAUGUUUGA